CGCAGUUGAUGUUAGCCAUGGAAACGGGAGCGGUCCUGGAGGCCCCGGGUCAGCUGCUGAUGCGACCGCCAGCAUCGUCGGGCGGGAGCUCCCAACCGCCUUCACCAGGGGAGAUGUGGUCCCGGGACGCCCUCGCGUCGCCUCUCUCCUCCGGUGACUCCAGAUGUUGCUGAUUAUAAAAAGGAUGUGAUUCUCAGACCGAUCCCGAAUGGGAAGUAUGAGUCCAGAUGUCCCUCUGCUAAACGAUUACAAACAGGACUUCCUGCUGAAGCGCUUUCCACAAACUGUUCUUGGAGGCCCUCGUCUCAAACUAGGCUACUGUGCCCCUCCCUACAUCUACUUUAACCAGAUUGUCCUCUUUCUGAUGCCAUGGGCUUUAGGUGGCACAGGAACACUUCUGUACCAGCUGGACCUCCUGAGGGACUACACAGCAGCAGCCCUUUCAGGAGGACUCAUGGUGUUCACUGCAUCUGUCAUCCAGCUCACAAGUGUGUAUGCCAAGAGCAAAUCAGUGGUGGUUAAAAGGAUGAUAACCAGGGACAUCUUAGCAGAGGAAGACGAGCACGAAUUUAUAAGUUGUGCCGGUGCUGAGACCGUCAAGUUUCUGAUUCCUGGCAAAAAAUACGUAGCUAAUACGGUUUUUCAUUCUGUUCUUGCCGGGUUGGUGUGUGGUCUGGGAACAUGGUACCUGCUCCCAAACAGAGUGGCUCUGCUCUAUGGCAGCCCCGGGGCAACGGCCACACUCUUCAUCUUCGGGUGGAUAACGCUUUGCAUAGGCGAGUAUUCACUCAUUGUAAACACCCCCACAGAGACGGCCACAUUUCAGACCCAGGAUACUUACGAAAUCACUCCUCUCCUGAGACCACUUUAUGUCUUUUUCUUUGUUUCUGUGGACCUUGCACACAGGUUUGUUGUAAACAUACCAGUUCUAGAGCAGAUGAAUCAGGUUUUACACAUCCUCUUUGUGUUGUUGCCCUUCCUGUGGGCACUCGGCACGCUGCCCCCACCUGAUGCGCUUUUCUUCUGGGCGGUUGAGCAGGUUUUAGAGUUUGGUCUUGGAGGCUCAUCCAUGUCAACUCCCCUACGGUUGUUGGUGAUGUUCGUCAUUUCCACUGGAACACCUGUCGUGGCGUACUUCCUCCCCAGCACCGUCGGGGUGGUCCUUUUCAUGACCGGACUUGGCUUCUUACUGAGUCUUAACCUCAGUGCCAUGAGUGUGGUCUUGAGGCACAGAGUAGGAAGCAGGCACGAGGCUUUCACGGGCAGCCCGGGACAGAGGUUCGGGUGGAAGGAAUGCUUUCUGUGCAUCACUGUGCUCGCUGUGGCUCUCCUGGAGGCGGGGCUGCUGCAUCGCUAUGCCAGCUUUCCAGAGGUUUCCAGAAGCAGCUCGCAAUCCGUCGUGGGCUAUGUUCUGAUGGCAUUGCUUUCAGUACUGUGGAUACUGAGAGAAACUCAAAGCAUCUACAUCUUUGGAAUUUUCCGAAACCCUUUGUAUCCGAAGGAUGUACAAGCUGCGUCUGUAUUCUUUGACAAGCAAAACAAGCUCCUGAGGAUUGGCGCUGUCAGAUGGAUUUUACUAACUCUAGUGUCGCCUUUGGCUAUGGUGGCCUUCCUUGCACUGGAUAGCUCCUUACACAGGCUGCACUCUGUGUCUGUCUCCAUUGGAUUCACCAGGGCUUUCAGAACGGUGUGGCAGAGCACAGAAAAUGCGUUACUAGAGACUGUGAUUGUGACAGCAGUGCACCUGCUGUCUGACACAGAGUGCUGGUGGAACAGGAGCCUUGACACGGGAAGCAGACUGUUACUGAUUGGUAUCAUGCGAGACCGUUUGAUUCAGUUCAUCAAUAAAUUGCAGUUUGCCGUGACUGUACUUUUGGCAUCAUGGACAGAAAAGAAACAGCAUAGGAAAACAACAACUACUUUGUGUGUCCUCAACAGUGUAUUUGCUCCCUUCGUGUUAUUUAUUAUAGUUUUCUCAACACUACUGUCAUCUCCUUUACUGCCCCUCUUCACCCUUCCUGUUUUCUUCGUGGGGUUUCCUCGCCCGGUCCAGAGCUGGCCAGGAGUAGUGGGCACUGCAGCUUGCGUGUGCACAGACACAGUGUUCUACCACCAGAUGGUCCCCAGGUUGGCUGUGGCACUGCAGACUGCAAUGGCGGCUGGAAGUUUAGGCCUCCUCCUACCCGGCUCUCAUUACUUGGGCCGUUUUGAGGAUCGUUUAAUAUGGAUAAUGAUUCUAGAGCGCGGUUAUACUUACUGCUGCAUUAACAUUAAGGGGUUAGAAUUGCAGGAAACGUCCUGCCACACUGCUGAAGCCCAGAGAGUUGAUGAGGUGUUUGACAGUGCUUUUCAGCGAGAACACCCACAAGUGUGUGCCCUGAAUGAGCACCUGGGGAACAUCUUGACACCAUGUACUGUUUUGCCCGUGAAACUGUAUUCUGAUGCCAGGGGUGUCCUGUCUGGCAUUAUCGAUUCUCACGAGAACCUGAGGGAAUUUAAAGAUGACCUUGUCAAAGUGCUUGUAUGGGUGCUCAUUCAGUAUUGCUCUAAAAGGUCCAGCACUCAGGAGAAUAUUUACAAAACUGAAAAUAACAGAGAAGCCCCACCAGCGCCUCUUCCUGCUUUGAACACUUCACCUUGCCCUGAAUCCCUGGAAGACUCAGAUAGUUUAAAAUCAGAUACUUUCCAUGACUGGUCUGAUGAUAAUCUUUUUGAUGACGAACCAGCUAACAAAAACAGAAAAGAAAAACUUCAGUUCAGCGAUCUGCCAGGUACAAAUUUGCCUAUUCCAGGGUCGGUAGAUUCCCAGAGUGCAGAUGAUCACUAUACAGGCACAGGCCCUAAAAACGAUCUUUACAAGACAGUUUUGUUGGGAUUCCCUGCUAUUGACAAGGGACAGCGAGAAGACGUGACCUGUAUCCCUCUGAUGGAGUUCAGUUGUUCCCAGUCUCACCUGCUGAGUUUACCUGAAGAAUGGAGGUCUAACUGUACACCCUAUUCCAAAAUAAAGGAGAUGAGCCCCUUGUUUCCCGAAGACUGGUAUCAGUUUGUUUUAAGGCAAUUGGAAUGUUUUCAUUCAGAAGAAAAGUCAAGUGUACUAGAAGAAAUUGCAAAGGAUAAAGCUUUAAAAGACUUGUAUGUCCACACUGUAAUGGCUUGUUAUAUUGGUUUAUUUGGAAUAGACAACAUGGUGCCUAGUCCUGGCCAGCUAGUAAGAGUCUACAAUGGUGGUUUGCCCUGGUCUGGCACCUUGGAUUGGCUCUCAGAAAAACCAGAACUGUUCCAACUAGUUCAGAAAGCAUUCAGGUAUACGCUGAAACUGAUGGUUGAUAAAGCAAGUUUGGGUCCAACAGAAGACUUUAAAGAGCUGGCCGACUGCCUCAGAGAAUAUGAGAGGGACUGGUACAUUGGCUUAGCGUCUGAGGAGCAGUGGAAGGAAGCAAUUCUAGAAGAAAAGCCGUGCUUGUUUUCCCUGGGCUAUGAGUCUAGUACGGGCGUCUACACCUCAAGGGUCCUGAUGCUUCGGGAGCUGUCGGUGCACAUCGGGCAGCUGAACGCCGAGGCCAUUCGAGGUCAGUGGGCCAACCUCUCGUGGGAACUGCUUUAUGCCACCAACGAUGAUGAGGAGCGCUACAGCAUCCAAGCUCACCCGCUCCUUCUGCGGAACCUCACUGUGCAAGCCGCGGACCCUCCCUUGGGCUACCCAAUUUUCUCUUCCAAACCUCUCCCUAUACAUUUGUGUUAGUCCAUUUUUACAUCCAAAUGCAAGGGCGUCGCCAGAGGCGCUGCUGGAAAAGUGAGAGUCGCGGUUCUGGGAUGUCGCUAGACUUCCUUGCCGCAGGGAACGAUUUAAACAGAAGCUCCCCUGCAUCUAACAUGGGUAAAAGUAGUUGGCCAAUAUUUGUGCUGUAUGAGUUGGGAUCCAUUUGGGUAGCUAGAGACAUUUGUAUACAAUUACAUGGUUUUUUACUGCUUUGUUAAAUGUCUGAAAGGUGGUUUGUCUUUUAAAAAGUCAACAGGUGUGUCAUUACAUACUAAAAAACAUGCAUAUCAGUGUUUUUUUAAAUAAUAAUGGAUCAUUUUAAUGCUUACCAUGACAUGUACAUAUAUUUAUUUGAAAUGUAAUUAAUUUUUAGUAUUUUCAAAUGUUGUACUGUUUUAACAUUUAACGUGGUAUGAACAGUUCCACUCAAUGUAUUUAUUUUUCAUAUACUUCAGUUUGGAAACCAUAAGCACUUCAAAUAAAAUAU